AUGGCACCCCAUCUCACCCUGCUCGAGCCUGACUGUCACUACUUCUACCGCUCGGCGCUGCGUGGCUUGAACGUGCGAAUUUUCUCCCGGCCCAAAAGCCUCGGCGAGACGCUCGCACAACCUACCACACUAUCACCAAGACCAACGGAGCCAACGGGCGUGAGCCCCACCAACGGCGUCAUCGGUUACAAGAUCACGGGUACCGACGGGAGGCCGCAUCCAUGGGUGUCUACGACGAAAAGUCCAAGGGCUGGUGUCACCUUUGCGCACCAGGAUGACCUCCCGCAUCUGCCCAUCCCCGAGCUGUCAGAAACGACAGAAAAGUAUCUUGCGGCCCUCAAGCCUCUGCAAAAUGCACGAGAGCACGGCGAGACCAAGGCCGCUGUGGCCGAGUUUCUCAAACAGGACGGCGUCGAGCUGCAAGAGAAGCUCAAGCGAUAUGCCGAAAGCAAGACGAGCUACAUUGAACAAUUCUGUAAAAACAACCAAAUCACCCGUGCCGCGUCGCUUGUGGCGUCCUCGCUGGAAUUCGUGCGUGCCGUGCGCAGGGAAGAGCUGCCUCCGGACACGAUCAAGGGUACGCCGUUGUGCAUGUACCAAUUCUCUCGACUCUUCGGCACUGCUCGUGUUCCUACCGAGAAUGGGUGCCAAAUCGUUCAAGACCCCGAGUCCAAACACAUUGUUGUCUUGUGCCACGGCCAAUUCUAUUAUUUCGAUGUUCUGGAUGAUAAUUCCGAUGUCAUCAUGACGGAAAAGGACAUCUCUAUCAACCUCCAGACGAUCAUUGAGGACGCCGCACAGACCGGGAUUCAGGAUGCCGCCAAGGGCGCUCUUGGUGUCCUCAGCACCGAAAACCGAAAGAUCUGGUCUGGCUUGCGUGACGUCUUGACGCGCGAAGAGGGCUCCAACAAUGCUGACGGUCUUGCGAUUGUCGACUCGGCGCUAUUUGUGCUCUGUCUCGACUACACUGAGCCUGCUGACGUCGAUGCCUUGUGCGGCAACAUGCUCUGUGGUACAAGCGAGGUUGAGAAGGGCGUGCAAAUUGGGACAUGCACCAACCGAUGGUACGACAAGCUGCAGAUCAUCGUCUGCAAGAACGGUAGCGCGGGCAUCAACUUUGAGCACACUGGUGUUGAUGGCCAUACGGUCUUGCGGUUCGCUAGCGAUGUCUACACAGACACGAUCCUUCGGUUUGCCCGAACGAUUAAUGGACAGGCGCCAACACUCUGGGCGACAACCAGCCCAGAUCCCUCGAAGCGCGACCCUUCCAGCUUUGGAGAUCACUACGGCAAGAACUUCAUUACUUCCACCGGAUUCUCCCCCGACGCGUUUGUUCAAAUGGCCUUCCAGGCAGCCUACUAUGGUCUCUAUGGCCGUGUCGAAUGCACGUAUGAACCUGCGAUGACCAAGACGUUCCUUCACGGCCGCACAGAAGCCAUCCGCAGCGUCUCGGCCGAGUCGAUCAACUUUGUUCAAACCUUCUGGGCCGACAACCCCGCCGAGCAAAAGGUUGAGGCUCUGCGCAAGGCGUGUCAGAAGCACACGGCCAACACGCGUGAGUGCGCCAAAGCCCAAGGCUGUGAUCGUCACCUCUAUGCUCUCUUCUGCGUCUGGCAGAAGCUUGUGGAUGAGGAAAUGGGGGGCGGUCUCAGCUCGAAUGGCUACAACUCGUCGAUCGAUGGCUACUCCGAGCGCGAUCCCGGUUCGGCCGUUGGUAGCCCGGGCCGCGACUCGGUGCUCUCUCAGCAAGACGCCAAUGACAUCUCGCCCUUCCCUGGGCGCCGCCAGCGCGGCGACAGCACCAACUCGCGCAGCCGCGACUUGAACCCCUUGCCCCUUCUCUUUGCUGAUCCGGGCUGGGACAAGCUCAAUAACACGAUACUCUCGACUUCGAACUGCGGCAACCCCUCGCUGCGCCACUUUGGCUUUGGUCCCACGUCUGGUGACGGCUUCGGCAUCGGUUACAUUAUCAAAGACGAGGGCAUCAGCAUCUGUAUCUCGAGCAAGCACCGACAGACCAAGCGAUUCGUGGACACUCUAGAGAGCUAUCUCCUCGAAAUGCGCAGGGUGCUCCGCAUCACGACGCGGCGCGGCACAGGACCCAGCUCCGGCGGCGCCAAGCAGACCCGCGCACGGGAGCUCGAGGACACGGAACGGCCCAAGCCUCCCGCGACGCACAGGAUGAAGUCGCGCGGCCGGAUCAUCACGGGCCUUGACGCGCUGAAACCCUCUUUCGCGCGGUCAUCGACGGUGGGAACCAUGUCGCCUACGGAGGAGAGCGUGGCCAUGAGUGACGACGAGCUCGGCGGAUAUGGGUUCUUUGACGCCGGCAUGCUCCUGCAGGCGCUCAAGGCGCGGGGUGAGGGGUAUGAUGGCGGGGAGACGAAGCCGUCGGAGCGGGCGGCUGUGCAGGCGCGGAGGCGCGAUGUUGGCAAGAAGCUUCGGCUGAGCGACUACUAG